AUUGUGGCCACUCUCGAUGAUUUCCCAGCCCUAGAAUAUACCACUAAUCAGCCGGGAGGCUGUGAACAGCCGCUGCGGUAGAAUGAUUUUUGUACUCUUCAGAAACAAUUUUGCUGGCUCAGGAAAACGGAACAAGAGAAUACAAAUAAAGAUGCGACGUGUCUUACGGAUGAUCAGUUGAUGGAACGCAUCUACAAAGACUUUUACACGGAUGAAGAAACUCGAAAGAAAUAUAACUUCAAAUUUGAUGCGACACCCGCGUUGCAGCAGAGGCUUCUUAGGUUUGCCAAGCGGGUGGACCCAUCGAAAACAAAAAGGUACUCGAUUGGAGUUACAAUCUCAGCUAAACAGAGUCGAACCGCUCCGAAUGAGGCAGACCCGUUCCAAGCGAGCCGAUUGAGGUCACCGCCGGACCGCAGGACUUUCCUAAAGUACAUCAACUAUGAGGAUACAGUGGGGAAGUUGUGUAACAAAAGCAACUCUACCAACAAGCAAUUGAUGUGCCGCUACUACUGCUCCUUCUACCUGGAUCAGAAAGUGGGAAUGCCUACGCAUAUAAAUUCAGUGAGGAGAGCCCUGCUAAGUUGCUGGAAAAGCUAAAUGAAUUUGCCAUUCCCUUUAAAGGAGAGAAAAGCACUGACAACAGUUCCCUCUCAGGGACUUUCAGUUUUUCAUAUAUUUUUAUACCCGGUACUC